AUGUCCAUCCACUUGCUGAAUAGAAAGGCGGACAGCCUACGAUCGACGAAUGUACUUCUUACAAACAUCAAUGCAAGUAAGGGAAUGUACGAAAUAAUAAAGAGCAACUUAGGACCAAAAGGAAGCUACAAAAUGUUAGUGAGCAGUUCUGGAGCAAUAAAAAUAACAAAGGAUGGAAACGUUCUUUUGAACGAAAUGAUGAUUCAACAUCCUACAGCUAGUAUGUUAAGUAGGAUAUGCUCAAGUAUUGAUGAAAAUUUAGGAGAUGGGUCUAGUAGUAAUCUUAUUGUAGCCACAUCGUUAAUAUAUUUGUCGGAAAAGUAUAUCAUCUAUGAAAGUAUUCAUCCACGUAUUAUAACACAAGGUUUUGAUUCUGUUAAAGCAAUUCUAUUAGAUGUGUUAGAGAGUAUGAAAAUACCAUUACAUAUAGAAAAGAAGUUCGAUAAAGAAUUACUAUAUAACGUUGCUAAAACUUGUGUGCGAACGAAAUUACCGAUAGCAUUAGCCGACAAGUUGGCGGAUGAUCUAGUAGAGAGUAUUAAGAUAAUAUAUAAUCCAGAGAAACAAAUAGAUUUACAUAUGAUCGAAAUAAUAGAUAUAAAAAGAAAUAUGAGUAUAAACACGAAACUAAUUAGAGGAAUGGUACUAGAUCAUGGUUGUAGGCAUCCUAACAUGCCAAGUAAAUUAACGAAAUGUUUUAUAUUAGUUUUAAAUGUUAGUCUAGAAUAUGAAAAAAGUGAAGUGUUUUCUUCUUUUGUCUAUUCUAAUGCUGAGGACAGAAGUAAAUUAGUGGAAUCUGAAAGAAAAUUUACCGAUGAUAAAGUAAAAAAAAUUAUAGAAUUAAAAAAAAUGUUGAUCGAAAAGAAAUUUAAAGAAAAUAAUGAAUUAUAUAAUUUUGCUGUAUUCAAUCAAAAAGGUAUUGAUCCAAUUAGUUUAGAUUUAUUAGCUAAGGAAAAUAUCAUGGCAUUAAGAAGAAUAAAAAGAAGAAAUUUAGAAAGAAUAAUUUUAUGUUGUGGUGGUAAUGCAUGUAAUAAUGUGUACGAUUUGACGGAGGAAGAUGUUGGUUAUGCUGGAUUAGUAUAUGAAAUAUGUAUAAAUGAUGAAAAAUAUACCUUCAUUGAAGAAGUGAAAAACCCAAAAAGCUGCUCUUUAUUUAUUCAAGCACCAAAUGAUUAUACUAUUAAACAAAUAAAAGAUGCUAUUAGAGAUGGACUUAGAAGUAUUAAAAAUGCCAUUGAAGAUAACUGUGUUAUAUCUGGGGCAGGUGCAUUUGAAAUUAUGGCGUAUUGCAAAUUAAAAGAAGAAGAAAAAAAAAUUAAAGGAAAACAAAAAUUUGCCUUUGAUAUAUAUGCUAAUAGUCUAUUAAAUAUACCCAAGAUACUCUUAGAAAAUAGCGGACUAGAUAUUCAUCAAACGCUGUUCAAUGUGAUUGAUAAGUACAACGAGGACCCCUCCCAACCCCUAGGGGUCGACUUGGAUACCGGUGAGCCAAUCCUGGCCCACUUGAAGGGUAAUAAACGAUACUGUCCAAUUCAAAAGUUGGACGGGCAAAGAAUAUACGACAACUAUUGUGUAAAGAAACAAAUUCUGUCAAUUGCAACGGCUAUAUCACAACAAAUUCUUUUAGUAGACGAAAUUAUAAGAGCUGGAAAAUCUAUGGGUGAAGAAAAGUAG